UUCGCCUCGCAUGCCAUCCCGAAAGUGAUUUAGAAAAAGACGACGAGUCAAACUGUCAGUCCAUGAAAUCGUCAUGAUUAAAAGGAAUGACUUUAAGACGACGCCUGCUUGGCGACGACAGCUUCCCUCCCAAGGGGCAAUCUCUGACCGGGGACCGCUUCGGCCGCCAGCACCAUGAUGAAACUGGCCACGGUGGAGAGGGAGUUCCGGAAGAACCCCCAACUCAAGCAGGAGGACAUCGACGCUUUCCAAGAAUGGGCGGCGGCUCAACCACAUCUGCCCGCCGUCACGGUCAUGAGCCUGGUGAUAUUCCUGCAUUGCUCCUUCUACGACUUGGAGACGGCAAAGAAAACUCUCACAAAAUACUACGUCCUCCACUAUAGUUCCCCUCAUAUUUUUAUGAACAGAGACCCUUUGAAUGAAGAGCUGGCAGCGAUUGCAAAGGCUGUUGGCAUAGUCAUUCUCGACGGACUUGACAAUGAUGGAAACCUAGUAGUCUUUCAACGUCUUAUUGACACAAAUCCAGCCAAAUACAACAUGGAUUUGACUCUGAAGUUGUCACACAUGAUGUGCGACAUCUGGCAACUAGAAAACGGCACAGCCAAAGGAACAGUACUCGUCUAUGAUCAGCGGGGUUUUGGACUGAGCCACAUGGCAAGCGCCUCACUAUCAUCCAUGAGAAACAUGAUGAGCUAUGUUCAGGAAUGUGCUCCAAUAAAUGUGGUUGCCAUACAUGUGAUAUACACGAAUGCAGUCAUUGAUACCAUUCUCGCCUUAUUCAAACCUUUCAUGAGGUCAUCACUUUAUAAAUUGAUAAAAACAUAUAGAGAAGCUAAACUAGAUGAGUUUUACGAAAGCGUGCCUCAAGAAAUCCUGCCAGAAGAGUAUGGUGGCAAGCAGCCAUCACUAGAAGAAUUAAGUGAAAGAAGCUACCAAAAAUUCAUAGAAUACAGAGACCACUUCCUAGAACAAGACAGGAAAGUCUCAGAGGCUGCUGCACUAGCAAAGAGCAAAUCACCAGGAUUGCUUGGACGAGUAGGAGCUUGGAUUGGUUUUGGAGAGUAA